GGAUUAGUUCCAGUUUUUAAAACCUCAAACUCAGCAUCAUCAUGGUUGUUUUAGAAGGUGGCGGUGGUGUUGUUACCAUCGGCAACAACCAAUAUUUACAACCCGAUUAUUUGGCUCCAAUGCAAACAACGGUUAGUUUAAAAAAAAUCCCCACAAUACUAAUUUCCCCCUCUUUUCCUCUUUAUCACUGUUCACAAAUCGGUGCCGAUUCAUCGGCCGUUAAACCCCUAUUGGCAUUGGAUAAAUCGAAAAAAUCCGGCUCCUCCUCAUCUGCCUCCUCAACAUCGUCCAGCGUUAGCUCAGAAUCCGGAUCAGCUAAAUCACCCACACAAGCAAAAUCUCCCAAAUCCACAACGCCGACCACCACAGAAGUUAAAUUGGCCUUUAAGCCAUACGAAACCAAUGUGUUGAGUCAACAAAAUCAAAAUAGCUUCAAAUCAUCCGCCGCAUCAUCGACAGAAAUGGAAUCGAAUCGUCCUAGUUCAAAGGCAUCAUCACAUAAUGGCGAGAGCACACGUGUGCCAUCCCGCAACAAGUCAAAUAGUUCACCGGAAAAUUUCAAUAAGUCACAGGAUUUGUCCACAUCGGGUGGUUCCAGCACGCCUCAUGAUACCAGCCGUAAAACUGUGUCACCAGCUGGUUCUUCACAGCGUGGAGCUAGUCCCAUUGUACGCUCCGGCAUGGAGGUGUUGAAUAAUGCCAAUGGGUCAGCCCAACAUCCCAAGGAAAUGAGCAGCAUGGCCCAAGCAGCUGCUGCUGCCGCCGCUGCCUAUAAGGCUGCCGGUGCCCCAUAUGGUUUGAAUCCCCUCUCGGCCUUGUGUUGUCCUCCCGGUAUGGAACAACAUGCUGCCGCCAAUCCUGCCUUCCGCCCUCCAUUCGCCGCCGGUGGUUUCUCUCAUCAUCAUGCCGCCAUGUUGGCUGCCGCUGCUGCCAAUGGUGGUUAUCCUGGCGGCCCAGGUGGUCAACAACCCAAUCCCUACAUUAGUUAUCAACGUAUUAAGACUCCCACGGGUGGUGAAGCUAUUGUGCCGAUUUGCAAAGAUCCCUACUGCCCAGGCUGCCCGUACUCUGCCCAUACCCAGCAAAUGUUGAUGGGUGCUCCCUGUCCUGCUGGCUGCACGCAGUGUGAACAUCAGAAAUAUGGUAUGGCUGCAAUGAUGGGCGCCGGUGCUGGUUUGCCGCCAGGUCAUCCCUACUCACAGGCUGCUGCAGCCGCCGCUGCAAGUGCUGCUGCUGCCCGUUCCGCUCCCUAUGUCUGCAGUUGGGUUGUCGGCGAUGCUUAUUGUGGCAAGAGAUUCCAAACUUCGGAUGAGUUGUUCACCCAUUUGAGGACCCACACUGGUAAUUUGUCAGAUCCUGCUGCCGCCGCCGCUGCAUUGGCCCAAUCUCAAGCUCAAUCGCUGUUGGGUUCCCUGUUUCCUCCUUCGGCAUUGAGAGGUGGUUAUCCUGCUCCCCAACUUAGUCCCAUGUCUGCUGCUGCCGCCGCCGCUGCUGCCUCACGUUACCAUCCCUAUGCCAAGCCACCAAGUGCCAUGGCUGCAGCUGCUGGAGCCUCACCAUUUGGUCCACCCGGUGCAUUCAAUCCCGCCGCCGCUGCUGCUGCUGCCGCCUUGGGUCCCUACUACUCACCCUAUGCCAUGUAUGGUCAACGUAUCGGCUCGGCGGCCGUUCAUCAAUAA